CUCAGUGCGUGCGGCUGUCAGCUCUCUGCGGUUCCCCGUUAUCUCUGUUAUUAUAGUUCCUUUGGUCACUAACUAGCGCCCACAAUGAGGGAAAUCGUGCACAUCCAGGCCGGCCAGUGUGGGAACCAGAUUGGUGCAAAGUUCUGGGAGGUGAUCAGUGACGAGCAUGGCAUCGACCCGACAGGAACCUACCACGGAGACAGCGACCUGCAGCUGGACAGAAUCAGCGUUUACUACAAUGAAGCCACCGGUGGGAAGUACGUCCCCAGAGCCAUCCUCGUUGAUCUGGAACCAGGCACCAUGGACUCAGUCCGCUCGGGGCCCUUCGGUCAAAUCUUCCGACCUGACAACUUCGUCUUUGGUCAAAGUGGAGCAGGAAACAACUGGGCCAAGGGCCACUACACGGAGGGGGCAGAGCUGGUGGACUCGGUCUUGGAUGUGGUGAGGAAGGAGGCCGAGAGCUGCGAGUGCCUGCAGGGUUUCCAGCUCACGCACUCGCUGGGCGGCGGCACCGGCUCCGGCAUGGGGACCCUGCUCAUCAGCAAGAUCCGAGAGGAGUACCCCGACCGCAUCAUGAACACCUUCAGCGUGGUGCCUUCUCCCAAGGUGUCGGACACGGUGGUGGAGCCGUACAACGCCACCCUGUCGGUGCACCAGCUGGUGGAGAACACGGACGAGACCUACUGCAUCGACAACGAAGCCCUGUACGACAUCUGCUUCCGCACGCUGAAGCUGACCACGCCCACCUACGGAGACCUCAACCACCUGGUCUCGGCCACCAUGAGCGGCGUCACCACCUGCCUGCGCUUCCCCGGCCAGCUCAACGCCGACCUGAGGAAGCUGGCCGUCAACAUGGUGCCCUUCCCCCGGCUGCACUUCUUCAUGCCGGGCUUCGCCCCGCUCACCAGCCGGGGCAGCCAGCAGUACCGCGCCCUCACCGUGCCCGAGCUCACCCAGCAGGUGUUCGACGCCAAGAACAUGAUGGCGGCCUGCGACCCGCGCCACGGCCGCUACCUGACGGUGGCCGCCGUCUUCCGCGGCCGCAUGUCCAUGAAGGAGGUGGACGAGCAGAUGCUGCACGUGCAGAACAAGAACAGCAGCUACUUCGUGGAGUGGAUCCCCAACAACGUGAAGACGGCGGUCUGCGACAUCCCGCCGCGCGGCCUCAAGAUGGCCGUCACCUUCAUCGGCAACAGCACGGCCAUCCAGGAGCUGUUCAAGCGCAUCUCGGAGCAGUUCACCGCCAUGUUCCGCCGCAAGGCCUUCCUGCACUGGUACACGGGCGAGGGCAUGGACGAGAUGGAGUUCACCGAGGCCGAGAGCAACAUGAACGACCUGGUGUCCGAGUACCAGCAGUACCAGGACGCCACGGCCGAGGAGGAGGGCGACUUCGACGAAGACGUGGAAGACGAUGCCUAGAUGAAGACAAGCAGAAAACACGAGUCCGAAAGCAGAAAAAGCCAAAAAAAAAGCUUAAAAAAAGAGAAGAAAUGAAGGUAUGUGCAAGUCAGAGGAGAGGAAAGAGAGGGAUGAAAGGAAGCGAGGCAGGACGGGAACUGGAUGACCAAAUCCACGUGUCAGUUUGUUUUGAUUCUGCAUCAUCUGAGCAGGUUUGAUAAAAAUCCCCUUUCCACUAAAACCUUGUUUCACAGGAAACACGUGAAUCAGAAGCACUUCGGUUCCACCGCCAAUAAUAAUGAUCGACAUUCCCUGACAACUAAAGAAAAAAGACUUUAUUUUCUAAAGAUGUUUUAAAUAUUUGACAUUCCUGAUUCCCGUGAUAAAUAUUCACUCCCGCCAUCCAAACUUCAAUUUUGCCAAAUCCAUAUUUAUUUAAUUGUUUUCCUUGUUCCACGAUUUAAACGUCUCAAAGGAUGGUUUUGUCACUGUUUUUCCAUAGUUUUCUUAUACUAAUGAAAUAUCCCAAACAGAUUAAAUCCAUCUCAGAUCAUGUGAAUCAGCUGCGUGACACGGAGCUUCACACGUGACACGUUGCUGGUUUUAGUCUUUUUGUUAACUUAAAACUAGAAAACUAGAAAACUGUGACUUAAAUUGUUCUGGGGUCACUGGGUUUCUAAUCUCACAGUGAACCUCAGAUAAAUAAAGUCAGUGUUCAUUUCUCUCAUCAGUGUUUAUUGACAUUUGUCAUCAGCUUUUAGGAGACGCUCUCAUUCAUAAAUGCCAUGUUUGUGUAUGUUACCACACUGUCAGUAUUCUUAAUAUUUCAAUUAUUGCACUUUGUAAAGGCCCAAGUUGGUUGUUGUCUAUCAAAAGUAUAAACUGGUGUUGAAGACUGAGGGGCGUUGGAUGCAGACAGCCCAUCAAAUGAAUGGUCAGUCGGGAUCUGCGAGCUGACGUCAUCACAGCAGCGUGAGUUUCCUCCCAGAGCAGUUUUAUCCACUGCUGUUUCCUCCCAGAGCAGUUUUAUCCACUGCUCUGUUUCCUCCCAGACGCCAGCCAACGUCGUGAGGAGGGACCCUGCAGAUGCUCAGCCCUGACACUUUCACCUCAACGCAUCCCGUUUUCCUUCUCAACGCAGGCAUCUCUGCAUUUAUUCGGGCGUGUCCAAGCACACACAUAUGACAUGUUUAAACUGCAGGGAACAAAUUUAAAUCUACUUCUUUAAACUGUUAAAACUUGAGAGAAAAACAAUUCAAAUUCCUCUUUUGACAUCAUCUGACCACAGUGAUGAUUUCCAGGAUGUAUUUAAAAAGGCAAAGGGAUCCUAAUUUUGUAAAAAACACCAAUUUUUAUAUUUUAUUCUGUGAAUUUUUUUCCCCUCUUAUUAAGUGAAUAAUUUAAGUAUUAAUGUUUACUCUCUGAGCCAUUUCAGUGUUCAAAUCAAGCAGAAGUCACUUCUGUUCAGUAUGUGAAUGUCAACAGCAUUGUUUUCUUCAGCUUUUCUGUUUGUUUCUACCUUUUUUGUUGUGUUUUCUUUUUUAUUCGAAUCGCUGUGAAACCGUCUCAUCUGGGAUCCUGUUGACUGUGAAACUUGUGGGAGGAAUAAAAAGUCAUUUGUAGGAAAAA